CAGAUUCAGAUCUGCGGGCCCUGAUUGGUGAAGGACUCCUCCUGGAGCUCAGCCCCGACUCCACAAGCGAGUCUCUGCUGCUCAUUGGUUGAAAUUGGUGAUUUCAAACUGUCCGCCAAAACUCGGAGUGGCGCCCUAUGUGCUCGUGCCUGAAGGCUCUUCUCUGGUUGGUCCGCAUGUCGGGAACCGUCCCGCCCGCUCCGCGGACAUAUAAAGGAGGGUUUGGCUGAAUGAGCCGCACUUUCUUCCCUGAAAUCAUCAACAAUGAGCGGCAGAGGCAAAACCGGUGGCAAAGCCAGAGCGAAGGCCAAGACCCGCUCCUCUCGUGCCGGACUCCAGUUCCCAGUCGGUCGUGUCCACAGACAUCUGCGCAAAGGCAACUAUGCGCAGCGUGUCGGCGCAGGAGCCCCCGUCUACCUGGCGGCUGUGCUGGAGUACCUGACCGCUGAGAUCCUGGAGCUGGCUGGAAACGCUGCCCGCGACAACAAGAAGACUCGCAUCAUCCCGCGUCACCUGCAGCUGGCUGUCCGCAACGACGAGGAGCUCAACAAGCUGCUGGGCGGAGUGACCAUCGCUCAGGGCGGCGUGCUGCCCAACAUCCAGGCUGUGCUUCUGCCCAAGAAGACCGAGAAGCCCGCAAAGUCCAAGUAAAGCUGGAGACAACUAUCCAAACCACAAAGGCUCUUUUAAGAGCCACCCACACUUCUGAAAAGAGCUAUGAUC